UGGUGCCGGCAUCGGCGUCGGUCAGGGCUACGGAGAGUGAAACCUCGGCGGCGCUUGCGUCGGAAACCGAAAGUGAAAAGCGAAAAGGAGAGAGCCCCACUCCUUCCCCUACCUUUCGCUUUCGGGUGUCCCCGUCGAGCACUUUCCCCAGCUUGUGCAUCAGAGUUGCAGUAGGCUUCCGAAAGAGCCGCUUGCAAGACGUCCAGUGAGUCGUAGACGUAGACGCAUCUCGCGCGAUCCUCCUCCCCUCACUAUGGCCCCGCGCCGCCACCUCGGCCAAGUUCAAGGCCUCAUGGGCAUCGAUCCCGAGGACGCCGGCGUGACCCGGUGCUGCGUGCCCACCGGCGACUGCCUGCGCGCCCAGCAGCAGAUCAGCCCCAACAACAACGACUCCAUGCUGAUAGCCCUCGACGACCUCCGCGACACCGUGCGCGUCACCUGCAACAACGAGCUCUGCACCAACGGCAGGUACAUGCACCGCGAGUGCUUCGACCAGUGGGAGCAGACGGUGCUGGCCUACCUCAAGACUUGCGGCCGGGCGCGCUCUUGGUCCGAGCGACAGCGACAUCAGAACCUCUGGACCAAAAAGGGCUACGAUUUGGCCUACAAGGCCUGUGGUUGCAAGUGCGGCCGCGGACAUCUCAAAAAAGACUUAGACUGGAUGCCGCCGCCGCCCACUAGCAAUAUUUUCGGACGAGUCGAAGACAUCUCCGAAGCCGUUACCGGCAAAAAGAAAAAACGCAGAAAUAGAAAUUCCAGGCCCACGUUGGCCAUCUCGGCCGCUCACGCCGUCACCAAUGAAAGCAGAGGAAGAGCCGGCAGUUUGUCCUCAAGUACGGGAUCGUCUUCUCCACCAGCUUCCGGAUCCGAACCGAGUAUAUCGCCGGUACACGCGCACUCCAAAAAGAAAUCCAAAGUUGAAAAUUCUGACAAAAGCCGAGUCGGAGGCGGCGCCAAUGGGAUUUUCACCCGUCGCCUUGAUUUCAGCUCCUUCAACGCCCUGCCGAAGAACAAACUCAAUUCUUAUCAAAUUAAGACGGAAGACGAGGGCAACCACGGAAACGAUGAUACUCGCUGCUUCAUUUUAUCAACUCUUGCAUCUCAGGGUCGCUCCAAAGUGCACUGUGUCCUCUGCGAAGAGACGAUGCCGGUUUUCGAUAGGUAUCCUCUAGUCGAUGGCACAUUUUUCCUCAGUCCACGCCAGCAUGCCAAAGGCUGUAUCGAGGUGAAAGUAGAGGGACGCACCCAGUUCUUGACAGCAGUGUGCAUGGCAUGCCUUGAAGGCGUAAAUGGACGCGCGAUUAUCUGCAGGUUCUGCAACCAGAGAUGGGACGGAUCCUCUCUGGUUUUGGGUACUAUGUACUCUUACGAUAUCUUCGCUGCCAUGCCGUGCUGCACCGAGCGCAUCAAAUGCAACGCAUGCUACAAGCCAGUUCUGCACCCCGCCCAACGUUUGAACUUCUUCAGUGACUAUAGCCACAUAGUGCCGUGUCCUCAUUGCCAUACGUUCGACACGCACUUCGUAAAACCUUUGGCGUAUUGUUACACCCGCCAGCCGUUGCGAUCACUGCAACUGUGGCCAUAGCCCGCGGCCCCCGCCUCGCUCGCGAAGGCGCCUCCGACGCCGCCGUCGCCGCCACCAGACCUAAUGGACUUGGAUCUGGGACUGUUGUGGCGCGAACUGGCCGGCCUGCGUCUCGACGAGUUUUGCCGUCUUCAACUCACCAGAGCGCGGUAGACGGACUUAGAUUUCUUUGUUAUGUUGUUGCAUUUUAUAUCGCAUUUAUUUUUGGGGGACGCUUUCAGAACGGAUGGCUGAAAACGACCCUCAGACAUACUUCGCAUAUAAAACCGUUAUGUUAUUAGUUUAUUAUUAAUUAUAUGUUUGUUAGGUUUUAGUGAAUUUAUAUUCAACUUAAGUCUUUUUAUCAAAGGAAUGACAUUGUGAUCAUAGUUAUCUUAAUUUCUAGCUCGAAUUCAGUUGACGCUAAAGCAGGUCUUGUUGAACUGACAGUGAGUGACGUUUGGAAGCAAUCCCGUUUGAGUUUUUUUGUCUUUGAUUUGAGUUUUGUUUUUGUGUUUUUUUAUUAUUAUUUUUUAUUUAAAGUUUAGGUUAAAGUUAUUGUAGAGGCAACUGUGUUGGUUACGUUUACGGAUCGUAACGAUCGCUUUAUUACUUAAUAACUGUAACACAUAAUACUAUAGUAAUAAAAAUGAUAUAAUUGCUGUGUCCCAAUAAUUAGUGAUAGGUGUGAAAGGUGCGGGACCAUGGAAUGGGUCUCGCUUGCGUGUCCCGUUAUUCGUCGUUGUUGUUGUGAUGGGUUCAGGGACAGUCGGUCUCCCUGCGAGUAGCACACUGCCACUUCAUCCCGCUGCUGCACCCGUAGCCUUCCAGAAACGGACGUACAAAGAACUCAGCCGCUCAGAUUAUCCGCGAAUACCUCUUUAGACUUGAUGGUGAUUAUGAUGAAGAUGGCGGAUCUAGGAAAUUGCUUCAAGUACAAACCGUUCGUUACUUUUGCAAAUUUUAUAUAAAUGAUAACAAUAUAAUCGAUUGUUGAGGGUAAAAUAAUUCCUAUCUCCGUUUAGCCAAAGCUUAUGUUGUUUUUUGAAAGUACAUACUUACUACACAUCGACCGACUAGAUAUGUUGCGCGAGUGCGAGCGAGCUUCUGUAACGUAUAGCGAGCGUAGCAGUAGUCCCUUAGCGUAGUGAUAACUGCAUGCCCCCCAACUCUAAACUACCCUUAAAACCGCUUCUUGUUAUCGAGGCCUAACUCACGGUCUAACUUUUCUACGUGUAAUAAGAAUCCUUGAAUGUUGUCGUUUUUUGGACAAAAACUGUACAUAACGUGUUCGAAUUCGGAAAUCCAUUAAGUUUUUCAAAUUGGUAUUAUAUGUCGAUUAAUCGUAAGUCUAGUUCGUAGUCGUUUUUUACAAUAAAAUACGAAUUAAUAAGUAGGUGUAGUCGUUGAAGAGGCGCGGGCACCCCCAGCUGGUGCGAGGACCAAUCGGUGGCUGCCAGAGCUCGACCAUUCGUCCUUUUUUCUCCUGAUCAAGACGAGACAUUAAUAAGUCGGCGGCGGUCCGGCGUCCUCUCUGUCGCGCGGCUCGGCAUUCCAAAAACCAUCAACAACCGUUUUUAGCGCCCUUUCGUGUCGUGUAACAGUCGCGCCGAGCCGUGCGUUUCACUCCGAUAAGGCUGUCCAUGCACAAUAUUACACGAAGGCGCAAUCAGGGUAAGGGUCGUACCGUAGAGCACCACUAUAUAGUGUAUUUUUAGCGUAGCUUGGCUGCAAGUAGAUAAUGACAUGUAUCCGUGUGUGUUUCGCUUUAGCUAGCUGUCUUUAAUCCAAAAACCACCAACCAUGAGAGGAAAUAUUUCGUGCACUUUUCAAUCACUUCAGCUGAUUGAAAAGCGCAAAUCCAAAAAGGGACCGGUUCUUGCGGUCACCUAGCAAGACUUGGACGAGUCAAUUCUUUAAUUAAUUGGCGUACUAAUAAUUGUAAGUUGUGAUUUUGUACACAGAAAUUUCAUAUUUUUGUGACGAUAUAUUUUUAUACGAUCGGCUGUUUUAUAGAAUUAAGUGGAACCGAUACUUAGUUAUUUUUCGAGACGAGUUGGCAUUAAUGUUGUAACCGGUUCCGUGUGAUCACGAUCAAUGAUCGUCGAAGUGAUAAAAAUUUGUAUAUAAAAAACGAAAAUUCUUUAAAAAAACACUAAUUUUGUAUACGUAAAAUUUUGCAUCUUGUAGUGAGGUAAGGUUAGGUGUAGUUAUACCGAAUCUCUCUCAUGGUUGCGUGGGCUCCCUUGCUUUUGCGUUAUGGGGCCGUCCCAUUUAGACUGCCACUCCAUUCCUGCAUUUUAUUUUCGCAUACAUUAAACCUUUCUUUCGCCCACAAUCACACAUCAUGAUAACAGAAGCAGUUGAGCGCAGUAAGAGAACACAGUCAUCACACGCUUUGAUAUUUGUAAAACUUUGAUUAAAACUUAUGUAAAGUAAUGGUUAAAAAAAUUUUUGUCAUUUUAAAAAUCGUACUGUACAGUUUUAAUUUUUUUUAUUAAUUAUUGAUAAUUGUUUUAUCUACAAUUGUAGUUUUUAGUUCGCUACAUAACUAAUCAUAAAACAAUUAACAAUAAAUGUUUUCUCUUUUUUUGUAUCGCUCGUUUGCUGGGCUACUUCUUUAUCUUGUAGUGUGCUUAGUAAACUCAAAGUACGUUUUGUUGUUGAGUGUCGUUGAUUUUUCACAGUACGAACUCCGGAGUGAAAUUUCGAACUUUGGCCGAAAGAUUGACCAUUUUAGUUGAAUAAUCGCUCAUAAUCCUUAGGCAAUAUAUCCAUCCCAUUUAAACAAGCGUUUAUUAAUACUUUUUGUUUAACGUUUUAUACAAAAAUGAAUGUUAGUGAUAGUGAAUUUUGUUGUCCGUUUUUUUUUGUCAGAUACUAUAGUUGAAUAUGUAGAUGAUUUUGUCGUAAAGUGUCAGAAGAUCGUCGGAGUGUCGCUUUGGGGCGGUUUCUUUUUCUCCUAUUAAAGUACAAAUUUGGUACACACAACAUAUUAACAAAUGGUAACCAUGUUUGGUGUUGUAGUUGUGUGAGGGCCGUCUUUCAAGGCGGCCGGUAUAGAGUAGCCGCUAGGAUGCUCCCUCGCUGUUUUCAAUUACACAUAUUAUUACUAUUGGGAAGUGUUGAGAGUUGAGAAGGUAGUUUAUGUAUGUUUAUAGCGUACUGUAGUAGGGGCCGGACGGGGUGGCAGAGGGCGAAGCGGGCGCUCUGCAUUGCCGCCUCUUGUGCUAGAUAGGGCCGGCACUACUUUAGCAGAGCGCGGCACCAGCCACUUGUUAUCGAAGAGUUUCGACUCUAGACAGUUACAAAUCAACCGGUGAUUACUGAAUGAGUACAAAUGCUGCCGCCCUGACCCGUGCCGGUUUAUUAUUAUCAUUAUUAUUAUUGAUGAUGUAUUCUUCAGAGUUUAGCAUGAGCAAUAUCAGCAGAGGUUUUAUUAUGUAAUUUUUUUACCGCCACGGCCGGAUUUCGACUCGUCGAGGUCCGGCCUCGGGCAUUUGGGAAAGGUUACGUUUUGCGGGCGUCGAGUGUUGCGUUAGCGGAGCGUUUCAGGAUAGAGAUAGCAACAUGUGCCAUACCUGAAGGGAUUACAAUGCCAAAAAUUGAACGCUGCGCAAACGUCAACACCCGAUCUCGUGGCAGCAAAUUACACACAAUAAAAAUGAGUAUGUAUUUAUUCACACUACUAGAGUACCUAUGUCGCUGGAGAAGCAUGCAAUUUGUCAGGAUCUUUCAGAAUAUUGUAAAUUAUCUAUUUGUAACAUUAGGCUAACAAUAAAUUGGUGCUUGGAAGGACGUUGUGAGAUCUGCGAGUGGCUUAAGCUUUAGAAUGUACAAAAGUUAUUUAUUUUAUUUGACCCAAAACGAAUUUUUAGUUAAUUUCUAAAAUUCGAACCCUUUUAUUCGUAGGACUCACGAUGAACGUCCGAGCAUAAGUCGAGAUGUUUUUUAUAUGCGUGAAAAAUUUGAUAUCAAUAUAAUAUAUGACAUAAAAAUGAUCGAGCUUUUGACGGCUUUUUAUAUGUAAUACAAUGGGAUUACAAAUUUUUAAAACGUAAUAAAUAUAACCAUUGUCUAAA